AGCUAAGAGAAGGGAGUCCAAAAUGAGAAAAAACCUGGCUUAUCAGGAUUUGGACAUAAUUCCUGCAAAUUUGGCAGAAACCGAGGGUGAAUCUUUGCAAGAAAUAGAUCUGACUCACAACAAAAUAUCAUAUCCUCCAUUUCUGAUAGAUUUUCCUAGACUAACCUGCUUAGUUCUGGAUCACAAUAAUAUUGAGUCACAUGUGAAAAUUCCAACCUCCACCAAUCUUCAAACAUUGUGGGUAAAUCACAAUAAAAUUACAAAUUUAGGUUUGUUUAUCUCAACGUUGUGCAAGUCUUGUCCAAACCUGAAGUUUUUGUCAAUGAUGAACAAUGAAGCUGCCCCGAGCUACUUCAAUGGAGGUACUUACCAGCAAAUAUGGAUUACAG